GCGCGGUGAAUGCGGCUGCGGCGCGCGUGUGAAUUGAAUGGCUCGUGUCCGUUGGGAAAGUGGCCACGGAGCAAGGCGCUCGAGGAUUCCCUGCAGCCGGGGCAGCGGCGCCUAUAGCAACAGCAGCUCCUAGGGGGUCUCUUUCUCCACCUGCCCGCGGCGGCAGCACGUGAGGUGCAUAGCGUAAUGUCCAUGCUGUGCUACACUCUGAUUAUAGCGUUUGUGAUCGGCAUAUGGGCAGCACCAAAAUGCGAAGAUAAUGCACCACUGGGGUCUCCUGCAACAUCUGACAUUUCUGAAAGCAGCCGGUCUAAAACACAUCAUGUUAUGAAAACGUCUCGGCACAGAGGCCAGAACCAGCCUGUCACUGGGAAGGUAGAGGACAGAAAAACUGGGCAAGCUGCAAACAUUAUUGUGGAUCCAAAGCUUUUUCAGAAGAGGCGGUUCCAGUCACCUCGGGUUUUGUUCAGCACACAGCCUCCACCUUUGUCAAGGGACGGGCAGAAUGUGGAGUUCCUAGACAGUACAGACUCUCUCAACAGGAAUAUCCGUGCCAAGCGUUCAACUCAUCCUGUGCAUAACCGGGGAGAGUACUCCGUAUGCGACAGUGUUAGUGUAUGGGUAGCCAACAAAACCACGGCAACAGACAUCAAAGGCAAAGAGGUGACUGUGAUGGUGGAUGUAAACCUUAACAACAAUGCUUACAAGCAAUACUUUUUUGAGACCAAGUGCAGAGACCCUAAGCCAGUGUCCAGCGGGUGUCGAGGCAUUGAUGCCAGGCAUUGGAAUUCCUACUGCACCACUACGCACACCUUUGUCAAGGCACUGACCAUGGAAGGGAAGCAGGCAGCCUGGCGCUUCAUUCGGAUUGACACUGCCUGUGUAUGCGUAAUCAGUAGGAAAACUGAGAACCUCUGAAAUUGACCAAUGCUCUAUGCCCACCUCCUCCCGGCCCCCUACCUCAGCCUGUAAAUUAUUUUAAGUUAUGAGGACUAUAUGUUAUAUUUAUAGUUUAUACAGUAAAGAAAUGAAUCCUCAUUAUUUAUUAAACUCUU